AUGAGCAACCCGGAGCAUCCCACCAAGACUCCCGGGGCCAGUGCCUCCACCUGGCAGACUCAGCCCACGUACAGCAACCUUGGUGAGGUCCGUGCCCACCUGCUGCCCUCCAAGGCCUGCCGCCCACGGACAUCAGAGCCUCCCUCCACUGAGCCGCAGCCCCUGCCCCCUCCCCUGCCCAAGAAGACCCUGACCAGGACCCAGUCGCUGCCCACCAACAAGGCCCCCAGCCCCAGCCCCGCUCGAGCAGGGCUGCCUCGGAAGCCCCUUCGGGGAUCCUGCAGCGUGGACGAGAGCCAGGCAGGAGGCGACAGGGCGGGGCCGGCCUGUCCCCCUGCAGAGCUGCCCUUCUGCUCGCUGGACACCGAGCUGGGCCUCUCCCUCCACGACCUGCACCGCCCGGAGGCCGUGCACGCCGCGCUGGAGGCCCUGCAGCUGGAGGGCCUCCGCGCCGUGCACGCCCGGCUGCACGCCCGGCUCCUGGGGGGCCGCCCGGGCCCCUGCCGCCCCGGCCACCGCUUCCGCCUCCUGGACAGCUCGCCUUGCGUGGAGAGCGGGGACGCGCUCUACUACCGCCUGGUGCGCGAGGACGAGGAGGCGUGGCACCUCCUGGCUGCCAAGGUGCCCAAGCCAGGAGCUGAGGAGCCCAACCCCUGGGGCCUGGAGCUGCAAGCCUUGCUGGCCCCUCAUUUCAACCUCCAGGGGCUGUGUGGUCUGGUGCCGGUGGGCGCACUGCCCGAGGCGCCCUGGAGAGGCCCGGUGGCGCUGGCGGCGGAGGUGCCCGAGCUCACCGUGGCCCAGUGGCUGGUGGAGGCAGGCGCACAGCCGCCCGGGGAGUUCGCAAGGGCCGUGGCCCUGCUGCUCCUGCAGCUGAGCGCCGCCCUGGAACGCCUGGAGGCGCGGGGUGCGGCCCUGGCCGAGCUGCGCCCCGAGAACCUGCUGCUGGUGGCGCCGCGGGGCUGCGCGACCGCCCGGCCCCCGCGCCUGUUGCUGGCGGACUUCGGCCGCCUCCGCCAGAGGCCCCCGGGCCCCCCGGGUGUCCACGCGCGGCAGCUGGGCCGCCUGCUCCGAGAGCUGCUUGGCCCCGGCGCGCCCUUGGCCACGUCCUUGGCCGCGGGCCUGGAGCGCCUGGCGGCCCAGCUGGCCCGCACGCGGCCCUCGGCGGCCCGGACGCGCGGCGCGCUGCAGGCGCUGCUCUGGGGGCCCGGGCCGGAGCUGUGCGGCCGCGGGGCCCCGCUGCGGUCCUGGCUGCGCGUGCGCCGCGCGCUGCUGGUCGUGCACCUGGCCGAGCGGGCUGUGGGUGGGGAGGUGCCGGGCCUGGAGGACGGGCUGUGCUGUGAAUACCUGGCCGAGGCCACCGAGGCCUCACUGGACCUCGCCCUGGAGCUGCUGCGGGACUGA